AUGCCGCGAACUUCGUCUUCAAACCCGACUAGCGACAACGAUAGGAAAGGUGCGACCUCCACCCGGUCGUCGUCUCGACAGCACAAGCGGCCAUUGGAGAAAUCUGAGCCGCCUUCAGGGCUUGCGCCUGUAAAACGAGCCAAGGUGGAACCAUCCAGUGAGGAAUCACCCAUUGAAUCUGACUCCGCACCUAAGCCACGCCUAAAGGCUUCGGAUCUCGAAUUCGACUAUGAUCGCACCCAGCUUCGGGAUCAAAGGCUGACGCCAGGACGAGAGUCUCGACCACGCCUCGACAGCUCCAAAGUAGAUGUCGACGAGCUCAAGACGCGCUUCUCCAUGCCGUGGUUAGAUAAGCCUAAGAAAAAGGGCCCCAACGCGUACGAGCUGGAGGUCCGUGAAGACGUUACUCACCCGUUUCAUCACCUACACGUCUGCCACAAGAAAGGACCAAAUGGAAGCCCUACGUAUGAUAACGCGGGAUACCAGCUCGACUGGCAAAAAGUGAACAAGUGGAUGAAGCCUCAAGGGUAUAGUAAGAGCAGAGCCGUAGGUGGCAUGAUGAAGGCUCUGAAAGAGGCAGAGGAAUUAGAGAAGUUGUUGUAUAGUGUCUUCUUCAUCAAGGGCAAGGGUCCGGAUGGGGCCAGUGGAACGCAAGUCAAAGAUUACAUUAUGGAUCACAUGUCCAAGGACCUAGGUAUACCAUGGCACCAAGUCAAGCUCAAGAAGAACAUCUUGGCAUGGGAAAAGAAAGGUUUCCCACAACAAGAUGCUACGACCUGGUGGCAUGAGCCAAAUGCGGAGGAGCAGAAGAGGAUGCUAAAGAUGAUGGAGGGCGCGAGUCUACGGAAGGACCUUCGCGUGAGACUAGGAAAGCUGCCGGCUUAG